UUAUGAUAUGGGAUGCGCCCAGGCGCCCCAACGGGACUCCUCCACGCCUUCACGUCCCGAUCGAAAUACCUGCUACGAUCUUGAUCAACUCUAUCCAGCACAAGCUCGAAAAAGAUGCAUCACGAGGGUCCCGUGUCAACGAUGCCUAUGACGUUCGUUCUGUCGACAUCAACGCCACUGUUUUGGGCCUCGUGGCAACCUCAAAACACAGGCGACUACGCGGCAACGUGCAUCUUUCUCGUGGUUCUUGCUGCGUGGACACAUGUGUUGAUGGCUAUCCGGCACACUCUUGAGCGCGCAAGCUGGGGGAGGAAGUCGUCGUACCCAGCAUACCACCGACACAAAGUUGGCGGCGACGAGGAGACUGACGAGCACAUACAUGGCUCCGGCUCCAGCAAUGCAAAACCAACACUUGCACAGCCUGUCAAACCUGUCAGCGGUGCCCGGAUAAUCCUAAUGGGUUUGCGAAGCUAUUGGCUCAACACACCACUCCCACUGAGACUCGCGAGGGCAGGCUUCGAUAUGGCCAUAGCAGGUCAUGCAUAUCUCGUAAUGUUGGCUGUGAUGACGAUGAACGUCGGAUACUUCCUUGCCGUAUUGAUAGGUGUAUUUGCUGGGACCUUCCUGUUCACCGCUGCCAAGGAUAACAACGGCGGACACCAAGAUGAAGAUGAAUGUUAACUAAAGCUCCAAGGAAAGACUCCCUCUUUGAUUGACGUCGAAACCGGCUUCUGCCAUUUUGUACCUUAUGUCAGUCUGAUCAAAAGGUCCCCUGCCUUGCUGAGGGGAGGAUUGCUCUUUGGAUUGUACAGGCAUCACGGAAAGAAUUGUGUCCUCUCAUCAUAGAUUGGUAUCAGUGAUACCAAUUUAUGUCAGUGUCAAUCAAUAUACCACCAAGAUUGCCAACCUUAGUUAAACUACUUCACCCUAUAUGUUUCUAUCUUAACUUUCUGCUCUUGCCAAUGAUAAUGACUAACAGAAAGGUUUUUGUAAAUAGAAUACCCUAGGUAGCAAUAGUUAAAGUUUUGAGUUGCACUG